AUUCAACUUUAGAUAACUUGCCUUUUGUUCAGCCAACUGGUAUGACUCUAACAUCACCACCAUCUGCACUAACAAGUCAUUCUCAUUCUACUCGCCUAAGUAUUGAGAAUUUAAAAGAAGAUAGCAUUUUACUAAGGAAUGAGAAUGAUUUGUUAAAAUCUCAG